AUGCUCUGUCCUGGAACCCCCCGAGAAGACGCAUGCCACAGAUGUGGGGGAAGCUUCCAGCAGAGCUCGGUGCCUCCAGAACAUCCGAGCAGGACCGCCCAUCGAUGUCUCCGCUGUGGGAAAAGCUUCCGCUGGAGAUCACAUCUUCUGAGACAUCAGACGGUGCACAAGGGUGGGAAAAGCUCCAGCCCCCGCGCAGCCCGCGCCAUCCAGCAGAGAAUCCUCUCGGGGCAGAAACCCUGCCAGUGCCCCGACUGCGGGAGACGCUUUGAUCGGAGGUCGACCCUCAUGGCACAUCAGAGGCUUCACACAGGAGAGAGACCCUACAAAUGCCCCGAAUGCGGGAAAGGCUUCAUGCAGCAGUCACAUCUGGUGCGGCACCGGGGGAUCCACGCUGGGGUCAAGCCCUGUGUCUGUGCCGACUGCGGGAAGAGCUUCGUCAAGACCUGGAACCUGCCCAAACACCAGCGCUGCCACUCGGGGCAGAGACCCCGUCAAAGUGUUGAGGGUAGGGAAAGCGUCCGUCUGCGCUCACACCUGUCUCACCAGGAGGGAGCUGACAGCACGGCCCUGCUAGAGCACGUCACAGCAGAGAGACCCUACCGCUGCCUCGACUGCGGCAGGAUGUUUAGCCGGAGCACGGACCUGCUGGUCCACCGGAGUAACCACACGGCUGAGCAACCCUACAAGUGUCCGGACUGCGGGAAGGGCUUCUGUGUACGCUUCAACCUGAUGGUGCACCGGAGAGUCCACACGGGCGAGCGACCCUACCUGUGUCCCGACUGCGGGAAGGGCUUCAGCCGGCGCUCCAGCCUCACGGCUCACCGGAGAGUCCACACGGGCGAGCGUCCCUACCCGUGUCCUGACUGCGGGAAGGGCUUCAGCCGGAGCUCCCACCUCAAAUCGCACCGGAGAGUCCACACAGGCGAGCGACCCUACCCGUGUCCCGACU